GAGAGCAACAGUAACAUCAAAUCUCCCCGAGUGCGGCAAAACUCCAAAUCUCUGUCUAUCUCAAACCCUAACCCCAGAAACCCAAAACGAUGUCGUCCGAGAAGAAGAUCAUAACCCUAAAGAGCUCCGACAACGAGACAUUCGAGGUCGACGAGGCGGUGGCCCUGGAAUCGCAGACCAUCAAGCACAUGGUGGAGGACGGCUGCGCCGACAAUGCGAUCCCCUUGCCCAACGUCACCGGUGCCAUCCUAGCCAAGGUGAUCGAGUACUGCAAGAAGCACGUUGAGGAGGGCGGCAAAGAUGCCGAGAAGGACAAGGCCGGCGACUCGCCGUUGAAGGAGUUUGACUCCGAUUUCAUCAAGGUCGACCAGAACGUCCUGUUCGACCUCAUCUUGGCUGCCAACUAUCUGAACAUCAAGGGCCUUCUGGAUCUGACUUGCCAGACUGUGGCAGAUAUGAUUAAGGGGAAGACUCCUGAAGAGAUCCGCAAGACUUUCAACAUUAAGAAUGACUUCACUCCGGAAGAAGAGGAGGAGGUUCGGAGGGAGAACCAGUGGGCAUUUGAGUGAAGCCAAGGGCUUUCAUCUCAAUGUUGAUAUUAUGAAUGAGAUGGUGAUAGGAAUGUUGAUAUAGCUAUUGGCCGUUCAUUGUUCCCCUCUAGGGGUUAGAGGUUGCUUUUGUCUUAAAUGGAAUGGCAUUUUCUUUUUUUAGGUUGCUUAGACUCUAAGAUGUGCAAACCUCUUAUUAUCUUAAUAUGAUGCGGAUUUUAUCUUA